UUAAAUUUUAAAAAAAUAUGAAUUUAAUCGAACAAACGAACAAUUAAAAAUGUCGAAAACGCAGAGUCCCUCAUCUUCUUUACGCAGUAAUCAGCCCCGUAGGCAGGUGAAGCGUUGCUGUCGUAAUUUUUUUACGUUUAUGUGCACCCAAGUUGGUGUUGGAGCACUAAUCGUACUGUACGCUAUAUUUGGGGCGGUAUCGUUCAUGAACAUCGAACGUGAAUAUGUGGAUAAGACAGCAUCCGAAGUGGUUGCCUUAAGGCAUAACUGCUCAGUGGAGUUAUGGCACAUAACUGAAGAACUUAAUACAUUCGAUAGAUUUAAGUGGCAAAAGGAAGCAGAAGCAGUAUUAAAAGAGUACCAAACACAAAUUGCUGCAAUGAUUAAAAAUGGUUACGGCGGAAGAACACCACAACAGAUUUGGUCCUUCCCAGCAGCACUUAUGUUUUGUUUGUCAGUUAUUACUAUGAUUGGUUAUGGAAAUAUGGUGCCACGUACGCCUUGGGGAAAGGGCUUUACAGUUAUAUAUUCCACUUUUGGCAUACCACUUUAUAUAUUGUAUUUUUUAAAUAUGGGAAAAGUAUUGGCGCGUUCCUUUAAAUUUUUGUAUCGCUCUUUGCAUGAAUGCACGCAAGAUAACUCAUCCAUUGAUAAACGUUUGGAUGCACUAGAGUGCGGUAGUACUGGAAAUGAUGAACGUAAAAGGAUUAUUGUACCUUCAACUGCUUGUUUGUGGGUCAUUAUAUUCUAUAUAAUAACGGGCACAAUUAUGUUUGCUAAUUGGGAGAAAUGGUCAUAUCUUAAUUCAUUCUAUUUUUGUAUGACGUCAUUAUGUAAAAUCGGUUUCGGUGAUUUUGUGCCGGGUGCAAGUUUGGUAACGUCUGCAGAUAUUGAAGCGGCUCGGAAAAAUGCUAUUGAAGAUGCUACAGCAGAUCCAAAUGAACUAUUUGAAUUACAACUUAUGACCGAUCAAAAUUCAAAAUUAGCAAUAAAUUUUCUUUACAUGUUAAUAGGCAUGGGCCUAGUCGCAAUGUGUUAUAAUUUAAUGCGUGAGGAAGUGCGUGUGAAAGUGCAUGAUAUGAAAGAGGACACCAAAGUUUGUCUUGAAGAUACAAGAAAACGAUUCGGACGUUGUUUUGAUAGUAAUGACUCUUAUGACGAUGAUUACUAUUAAACAAAUAAUUUUAGUAUAUAAAACAUUUUUAGUGUAUAUAGAUAGCAUUGUCAAUUU